UAGCUACGAUUCAUCUUGGUACUGGCAAGUAUGGGAGCACGCGGGGGAAGCUGAUGAACUUGAAGAUGUGUUAGAACGCCAACCCUGUUUUCUUGGUUUUGGAAAGGGCAGGUUCAGCAAUGUCUGAUUCUUCGGACUGUGAUAUAGGCCCUGCACUGCCUCCGCACAUGAGGGCAGCCAGCAAAGGUGACAGAGCCUCUGGUCCAGAGGAAAGCAGGAUGGAAGGUCGCGUUACCUUUAGGCCUGUUUUGCCUCCCCAUCUCUCGAGAUCCCUGAGUCCAGAAGGUGUAUCGUCUCUGUCAGCAAGACCAGAUGAACAGUGCGAAAUAGUUGGUCCGUCACUCUCACCAGAUACGAGAACAGAUGCAGGGAGAACGGAUGGAUCGUCUAGUCCUAGCAUCUGCCCAAUCGGGCCAGUCAUGCCUCCUCGACUCAACACAAGUGAUAAAGGUGAGAAACUUGCCCCUGAGGACAGUCAUGAUCAGGAGGAUAGUGAUCCCGAGGACAGCACCUACGGACCCGCCUUGCCACCCGGGUUUGCCACCUCCAAACGCCCAUCGGACAAACCGUGCACAAUAGGCCCUGCACUCCCUCCAGGAUUCAGGAAAACAACAGCUGAAGAUGACGGGGACGUGGACCCUGAAGGAGAUGAAGUCUCCGAAGAUGAGAGCUCGGAUGAAGAAGAAGUCAUUGGCCCAAUGCUUCCAGCUGAUGAGGGCAACUCCUUUCUCAACACAUAUUUGUCACAGCUGAGUGGGCUCCACUUGUGCAUGGAGCAGAUACAUGUUGAAGAUGUGGCUCCAGCAAGAGAUUCUUGGAUGACCGAACUUCCAGAGUUCUCCAAAAACUUUGGCCUGGGCCCCCGGACCUUCCGCAAGUCUGCACGCCCAGAUGAGCAGGACCGGUCAGGUUGGACCGAAACCCCAGCUGACAGGGCGCGGAAGCACCAGGAGAGAAUGGAGAAGGCUGCAGCUCAGAUGCUAGCUUCAUCUUCCUCCAAGGACGUUAAGGAGAAAAAACAGAAGAAGGAGGGACGAGGGGAGAAAAAAUCAGAGCGAGACAAGAGGCUUGCCCAACAGGUUGCCCAGCACAAUCAGACCACAAGGCCAGAGUCUCUCAUGGAGAUGCACACCAAGAGCAGAAAGCGGAAAUUGGCAGAGGGAGGAUUGAAGGAGCAAGAGCGACGGCCAUUUGACCGUGAGACCGACCUCCAGGUCAACCGAUUUGAUGAAGCCAGACGAAAACAGCUCCUGAAGAAGUCAGCCAAUCUUGGAGACAAGUUUUCUCACAGUAACGAGAAGAUGUACCUUUAGGAGAAUAAAGCAAUCCUCUGGCGCUGCUGUCCGAAGUCUCUUGGAUGGUGGCUCGUCCAAGCUCCACUCAGGGUCCAAAUCAGCGUCGGUAAAAGAUGGAAGGCUCUCCUCGUCCGAAUCAAUCUUGACAGAGCCGGGGCUAGCACCAGC